AUGGCUCUCAAAGCACUUGUCGGACAAAAAAUUAUGAAUGAAGUCAUCCGCUAUCGCGGACCUAAAGGCAAGGAGUCGCAAAGAAUUGAAUGGCGCAUUCUCAUUGUAGAUCAACUAUCAAUGCGCAUGGUGUCAGCCUGCUGCAAAAUGCAUGAUAUUUCCGCAGAAGGAAUCACUUUGGUUGAGGAUAUUCAUAAGAAACGUGAGCCACUCUGCACCAUGGAUGGGAUCUACCUUAUUACACCAUCUGAAAAGUCAGUACAUGCACUCAUCAAUGACUUUUCAGUUGGAAACCGUAUCAUGUACAAAGCUGCACAUGUCUUUUUUACAGAAGCUUGUCCUGAUGCCCUCUUUGACAAAUUGUCACGUAGUCGUGUAGCUAAAUUUAUUCAUACCUUAAAGGAAAUCAACAUUGCUUUCAUAUCAUACGAACAACAGGUGUUCUCUCUCGACUCGUCUGAGACGUUCCAGUGCAUGUACAACCCUGCCCUCGCGCAAACUCGCAACGCCAACAUGGAGCGUAUCGCUGAGCAGAUUGCGACUUUGUGCGCAACUCUCGGCGAAUAUCCAUCCGUGCGUUAUCGCAGUGACUGGGAACGCAACGUGGAACUUGCGCAACUCAUCCAGCAAAAACUGGACGCAUACAAAGCUGAUGAACCAACCAUGGGUGAAGGUCCUGAGAAAGCGCGGUCCCAGCUACUAGUGCUCGACCGCGGAUUCGACUGUGUUUCGCCUCUGUUACAUGAGCUGACUCUUCAAGCUAUGGCUUACGAUCUUCUGCCUAUCGAGAAUGAUGUUUACAGAUAUGAAGCAUCUCAGGGACAAGUAAAGGAAGUGUUGCUGGAUGAGAAUGAUGAGCUCUGGGUAGAGCUUCGUCACCAGCACAUUGCAGUGGUCUCAACAUCUGUCACAAAGAACCUGAAGAAGUUUACAGAGUCUAAGCGCAUGGGUGGAGGUGAUAAGCAGUCAAUGCGCGAUUUGUCGCAAAUGAUCAAGAAAAUGCCUCAGUACCAAAAAGAGCUGUCGAAGUACGCAACUCAUCUGCGCCUCGCCGAAGAUUGCAUGAAAGCAUAUCAGGGAUAUGUUGACAAACUGUGCAAGGUGGAACAGGAUCUCGCUAUGGGCACUGACGCGGAGGGCGAAAAGAUUAAGGAUCAUAUGAGGAGCAUUGUGCCGGUUCUACUUGACCAGACCGUAACCAACUACAACAAGAUGCGCAUUAUCGCCCUGUACAUCAUGUCGAAGAACGGAAUAUCUGAGGAGAAUCUGAACAAGCUGGUCACCCACGCGCAGCUCGAGCCAUCCGACAAGCAGGCACUUCUCAACCUCGCCAACUUGGGCUUGAACGUUGUUGUCGAUGGCAACAGAAAAAAGCAAUAUCAAGUACCAAGGAAGGAGCGCAUCACCGAGCAGACGUAUCAAAUGUCACGUUGGACUCCUGUUAUUAAGGACAUCAUGGAGGACGCAAUUGAUGAUAAACUGGACCAACGACACUUCCCAUUCUUGGCCGGUCGCGCCCAGACAUCCGGAUAUCAAGCGCCAACUAGCGUUCGCUACGGGCACUGGCAUAAGGACAAGGCUCAGCAGACGAUCAAAAACGUACCACGACUUAUCGUAUUUGUGGUUGGAGGCGUGUGUUUCUCCGAAAUUCGCUGCGCGUACGAAGUGACCGCUGCCCUGAAGAACUGGGAAGUUAUUAUUGGCUCUUCGCAUAUACUUACUCCAGAUACUUUCAUUUCGGACUUGAGCUCUCUGACUGCA